AUGGCCUCGCCCGUGGCAGCAGCGCGAACACUCGUCAGACUCACCCCGCUCAUCUCCUACGACCCGCAGGCCAUCGACGACCUCACCAGCCGAUACCCGCCCAAGCGCACCCUCCCCCUCAGCCCGCCGAGCCGGACAUCAGAACCCAUCGAACUACUCCGACCAGCACCACCCCAGCAGGAACAUCAUACCCCCCUUGGGGGAGGACCCUCUGUCAAGUCGCCCUCAAAGCUUGCACGCAUCCUCAGUCCCACCCCCCGCCCACCGCCCAGCGAGAUCGCCGAUGAGCCCCUGCUGCUCUCAGCCAUCAGCCAUGCCGACCAGCCAGCCACCACGGCCCAGAACCCCGCGCCCACGAAAUACUCCACCUUGGGCAAGAGGCUCCAGGCCCUGAAGGCCUCCACCCACUUGAUGCGCUCCCGCUCAUCCUCAAACCCUGUCACUACCGCCACCACCACCACCACCACCACCACAACAACGACGCCGACCGCCGAAAGUCUGCCAGAACCCCCCUCGCCCGCCAAAAAACCCACUCCACCCGCCCGGCUCCGCGCCAGACGCGCAUCCCGGCCCCCCACAGACCCCUCCCCACCACUGCCCAGCGCCACCACGCCCCAGCCGACGCGCCGGACUACGCCCAGGGUCGAAACCGAGCAGGUCAAGCUCGCCAAACUCACCAAGCAACAGACCAACAUCAACAAGAAACGCUUCUGCGUCAUCAAGGUCGACGUCGUCCAUCUCGACUUCCCCAGGCCGCCCUCCCCCGAGGGAAACUUCCGCAAAGGCGCUCCAUCAUCCAACAACAAGAAAAAGAACACCCCCCAAGCUCCGCCUGUGUCGCCAACAGACAGGCCAGAACUCAGCCCGCUCCCGGACCCCCCUCCCGGCGCAGACGGAAAGAAACAGGUGCGCUGGAACGAUGCACAAUUGACGGUCGACCUCGAAGAGCUCUACCGCCGCCGCACCCUCGACCCCGCCCACGAAGAAGAAGAAGAAGAUGAUGAUGAUGAAGAGCCACCACCACCGCUCGAAGCCCGCCCCGAGCCCUGCUCGCCCUCAGCCUCAUCUACCACCUCAUCGUCUCUCUCCUCUCUGCCCUCCUCAGCCUCUCCGCCCCGCUCAUCCCCCGCCCCUGACCCGGCCCCGGCCCCGGCGUGUCCGGCCACACUCAAGCCCAUCCUGAAACUCAACUUCGGCCCGGCCUCGCAGUCCCCCAUCCUCUCUGCCCCGUCCACGCACCCCUCCACAGACGCGCAAGUAGGAGAAGAGAAGCCGCUGGACGCAGGCGACAACCCCCCGCCGACGGCCCGCGCCGUCGUCUACCGCCUCGACCCGCUCGGAAACCUCGUCCUGCCGCCUCCCACCCCCCUCGUCGACCCGGACGUGCCGCCUGACCCACUGGCAUCGAUCGAGCCGCCGUUCGUCAAGGUCUUGCGUCGGAUCUGGCGCGACCAUUAG